AAGUCGACAGCGCGUAUCACUCUUCAUGCAAAUGAUUUAUUUUAGCCGACAGUCACCGAGAAGUCCCACAAAUCACACUAUUCGGAUAGGUCAUGUAGUAGGAAUUGUCUUUCUAUCAUAUAUCCACAAAAAUGAAUUCAUACUUCACGUCACCGUUUCUCCCUCAAUAUUCUUCGGAUAGCCACUACGUUCCAAACAGUUAUGCGUCUAAUGGCUAUGGACUGUAUUCAUCAAGGUUGGGCGAUCAGCUAUCUUAUCACUCCGGAGGAUAUGGGGGUACCGAACACGGAUCCCUACACUACUAUAACCAACAGAAGACGUCCAACAUUCAGUACCCAAGUGCUGCGGAAAACGGGUACGAAAACAAGCAGACGACAUAUCACCAACACCAGGCUCAUGUAGCAGACGACACGAAUGUGCCCCGGAAUUUUCCAGUUGGAGGCACGUAUCCACAACCCCAACCCCACCAGAACGUUGAAUGGGGACACCAUCAGAACGUAUCCACCCCAUCGCCGAACAGAAAUCAGCAAGGGAGCCCCUACACACCUCCUCUUGAAGGAAAACCCGUAACAUCAUGUUCCCUGUCCCCGAAAGAUUCGGACUCCGAGCUCCAGGGAAAGAACUCGGAGCCGUCCGCUCCCUUCUACCCCUGGAUGGGGAUUGUAGGGCCUAACUCCGCUCAGCGUCGAAGAGGCCGCCAGACGUACAGCCGAUAUCAAACUUUGGAACUUGAGAAAGAAUUUCAGUUCAAUCACUACCUUACAAGGAAACGAAGGAUAGAGAUCGCGCAUGCGCUAUGCCUCACGGAAAGACAGAUAAAAAUAUGGUUUCAGAACAGACGAAUGAAAUUGAAGAAGGAAAAACUCGCAAUAAAAGAAAUGAACGAAGGUGGAAAAAAAUUCGAAAAUAUUUCAGAUGAUCUAAGUGACGAUCCUGGCAAUGAAAAUUCAAGGUGAAAUUGCUAACUGUUCAGGUGUAAGCUGCCAUUUUAAACGGGUAAAAACACGAUAGACGACUUCAGAUCUUCGCUCAUACAGAGCCUGAGAACUAACUGAAGAUCAUCUACUAUAGAUAUCAUUGCGAAAGUGUGAACACGGGUAUUAUUUUGAGGAGAUAUUUUCAAGUUCGUUUCCUACAAAGUGUUAAUCACUAGAUACCUCAUAGGUUCUGUUGAAACUGAAAAUCCAAAGAUGAAACUUUGCCGUGAUAGAACCAAAAUCUCACCGGAUAUGACGUAACUGUGUACACCGAAACUGCUGACGUCAUGUGUUGGUGUCAAUAUCAGUCGUCAAAUAUGCCUUUGUGUUGCAGUAGAGGACAUUAGCAGGGAGGAACUGAUGCCAAACGUCAUGACGUCAUAAAUGACGUCACCAUGAGAUUUGGGAUUUUUUUGUUGUAGUAUGACAAUCAUAAACUGUAGAUGACCGUUAACCCCAAACACAUAUGUGACCUAGUGCGAACCCUGAAUUUUAUUCUCAAAAUGUCAGGGUCUAAGAGACAAAACGAGAAAUAUUGCCAUUAGUUCAUACUGAAUGAACGUAAGAAACUCCAUGUUGCCAUUCACUCAUGUAUGUUUGUUUACCUUUAAUUCCCCUGCAUACGUUUCUUCAUAUCCUUUUAUUGAACUCAUUUUAAGGCUUCAGAAACACGUUAGCCUUUGGUUGAAGCUCGUGCAGUAACCUAUCCUUGGUUAUACUUAGCAAUAGCUGGCAAUAUAGUUUUAAAACCACGCAGAAACCAACUGCCUGUAUUUAAUCACCAUAUUCAUUUGUUUUAUCUUAUUGUGAAGAUAUUUCCAUGACAAAUCAUCCUUAUUUAUUUUUCCCAAACCACAGACAGAAUCUAUCAAGGUUAUGAAACGAUUCAAAUUGAUUCAAAAUGAAAGGGACAAGAACGAAUUACAUGUAUAUUAUAUGUACGGGGGAUCAUAACGAUGUCCCGUACCACUGAUGACUGUUUGUUAUAUAUGCGGAUAACAGGGAAUCUUCAUAUGUUAGUAAAUGUCCAAUGUCAAUUAUCACCAUCGUAUAUAACUGGCCUCUCUGUUGACAGUGUCUGUGCAAUCUGGAUGAACGUAUUAUGAAGUGUAACAUGUUUUAUUCCAAUUAAUAUAUUUAAUGAAAUGAGUGCCAUUUAACUACCAGACCUUAACUGCUCAAAGGCAUACGUUCAAAAGUAGAUUUAGUCAGCAUUGAAUGACAAUUUGGAACUGUAUAAAAUUCGAAUUCGUAUAUUUUUGUCACAACGAUUAGGUGACGGUUAUAUCAAACAAAGAACAUCCAACUUUGUCAUAACAUGAAACUGUUCAAUGUGUAUGCAUGGAGCAUCAAAAUUAACAUUGUGAUUAUCCGACCAUGUAAAAAAUGGAAAGAUGCUUGAAUUAUUGGGUAAAUAUAACGAGAAUAUAUGAAUAUGUGGAAUAACCCAUGAACUCUAUCGAAUGUUUUGCUGUAUAUGUCCUGUAGAGUACAAAGAUAACUAUUUAAUUGAAGUGGAUGUUUUGUUCACGAAUUCAAAACGAGAAGGUAAUAAAGGGGAACAACUCCUUCAGAUACAAAUCAAGGGAAAUCACUCCAACGAGAAUUCUUUUUGAACAAGACGAGAAUAUUUGUAGUGCAUGUUUGUUUUUAUCGGUUCAGUGUAAACAACUGGAAAUCGUAAUCCUAUUUUUUGUUAAUGCAUCUGAUAUUUUGACAUAUUCCCUUGCUAUAUCUUUGUUAUGUAAGCUGUCUUUUAACGAGAAAAUGUCACUGUGGCUUCAUGUCAGUAUUGUGAAUGUUUAAUGUUUACUUUACCUCAAAUAAAACAAAUUUGACAAUA